AUGCAUAAUAAGGAUAUAAGCUAUUAUUUCUGCAAUAAACCGUGCUUCAGAUUAGUGAUUACAGCGUGUAUAGUGCUGUCACAUCUGCAGAUAACUUCGCCGACAAUCGCCCCCAAUAUUUAUAAUGACAACUACGAAGAGACAGGUGCAGAAAUUUACAAUUACCAGUGUUUGCCGAAACGAGUUGACUCGUUAUUUGCUUCCAAUACGUACGGAAUCGGCUUACAAGUGACAUCAUGGCCGUCGCAUCAACUCAUAUCUCGAAUAUUUGCUUUAUUUCUACGCGAGGUUCUCAACUAUGAGAAUGUGUACUUAUUCCCAGUUAUGUUCAAUGGAAAUCCCAAUGAUGUCAACUAUGAAGCGAUGAAGCUCACCCAUAUUAUGGACUUGAUCAAUAAUCCCAAAAUUCUUAUGAUGAAUGUAGGUCUAUGGACACCAGUUGGAGGACAUUCGGUUAUACCGCAAAACGUCCAUGCUGCCGGUACCUCAAUGUUUCCUGGGCGAUUUGGGUGGUUUGCUUCGCCAGUUCACAGUAAUAUAUCGGGCCCAUCGUUGGACUAUUCAAUUUUUCUCAAUUACACAAAUCCCCAGUAUAAACAAUUUGUAUUGGAUGAAGGAGAAUUGCGCCACUUAUUGCAGGAUAGCGGAUCCGAAUACUUUCAAAGCCGACUCUGCAAAGAGAUCCGAUGUGCUAUUCUCUUGGCCGAAAACAAAAACGACACGUCCUUUGUUCAACACCAAAUCGAGGAAAUGAAUGCGUACCUCAAUAUCGUCUGGCUUGGACCACGUUUUCGAUCCGAACUUGAUCGAUUAAAUUUUCGCUAUAGAUCAGACUCCGAUAAACGAUUUCUGAUUUUGCAUUGGACUCCAUCUGACAUAAUAUACAAUGCGAGACCAGCAUAUGAGUAUAUUACGCUGCCACUGUGCGAGGACGCCCGUUCGCUAUAUCUAUCAUAUUGCAAAUAUGAGUUGACACCAGUUAUAAAAUAUUAUGCCAAAGGUGUUGAAAAAGACGAACGAUUGAUGUUUGCUCUACGUUAUUUUUGGAUUUCUGUGGCAGAUAUGGAUUAUCUUUACAAUGAAUUAAAGGAGCAACGAAAUUUCAGUCAUGAAGGUUUUGAAAUGUACGAUAAGAUAGCUUGCAAAUGGAUGCAAAAGCAAAACUUUGAGAAAAGUACAUGGAUUUUGAGGAAACGCAAAACAUUGUCGGUCGGUGGCAUAUUUCCGAUCUUAGAAAACAGUCGGGGACAUCAAAAUCUCAUUCAGGCUGUGCGAAGAGCCGCAAAUGUAAUCAAUGACAGUACCAUAAUUCUCCCCCACUACAAUUUUCGUGUCCUGGAGAAUGAUGGCGAGUGCAAGGCGGACAUAGUAAUGAGGACCUUCAUUCAUUACUUCAACGACCCAGAUGUUAUUGGUGUUUUGGGUCCAGCAUGUAGUGAGACGGUUGAACCCAUAGCCGGUAUAUCGCGGCACACCAAUAUGGCAGUAAUUUCAUAUUCAGCUGAGGGCGCCUCAUUUCUCGAUCGAGAAGCCUAUCCCUUUUUCUUCCGCACAAUUGGUUCAAAUAGACAGUACGAAGAUCUCUAUAUUAGUUUUAUGAAAGAAUUUGGUUGGAAGCGUGUUGCCGCCAUUACCGAAGACGGUCAGAAGUACACCGAAUAUAUUUCACAUAUGGAAACAACAUUGAAAAAUAAUAAUUUUGAACUUAUUGCAAAUAAAAAGUUUUUGAAUGAUGUUAAUUCGCAGCAAAUGAAGAAGCACCUGGAAGAUUUAAAGCAGAGACAUGCCCGAAUUAUAAUCGCAGAUAUUCACAACAAAUACGCGGCUAUGUUAUUGUGCGAAGCUUUCAAGCUAGAGAUGACAGCGUAUCAGGGAUAUGUCUGGUUUCUACCAUCGUGGCUCUCGAAAGACUUAAACUCGCUGGUUAUUGAGGGUAAUAUUAAUUGCACAAUUGCGGAAUUGGAAAAGGUUUUCGAAGGUCAUUUUAGUAUUACCCACUUACCUUUCGGAAAUAAUGACACUAUGAUGCAAGAAAAUAUUACAAUUAAGAACUGGAUAGAUUCAUACAGCAGCAAUGUGAAGGACAUUUCCCAGUAUACGGCAUUCGCGUAUGACGCUGUUUGGGUAUACGCCAAGGCAGUGGAUACAAUUCUAAGCGAGAACAACGGUGUGGUGGAUUCUUUCAAAUCAAAACAAAUGGUGAAGCGUCUGGUAGAUAUUAUUUGGGAAACGGAUUUUCAUGGACUCUCUGGAAGAGUGAGGUUUGGUGAAGGCGGGUCGAGAAUAACGGAUUUAAUUGUAACCCAAUGGCGUAAAAAUCAAACAUUCGUAGUUGGAAAGUAUACACCAAAAGUGAUUGGUAGCGGAAGGAAUUUAAGAACUAAUGGUGGCGAUUUAAAUAUUGGCAUGGCUCGCAUUGUCUGGUUAUCAGAUACUAAGCCACCAAGUGACGGGACAUUUGAUUGCACUUUUUCGUCACUGGCAAAGAUGAUGCACGUGGAUUGCGAAAAGGCUAAUGUGCUAUUUACGACCUUUGUUUGUAUGGCGGCGGUAAUAAUAGUUUCAACGGUUUCAUUUCUCUUCUGGAAACGCCGAUAUGACAGAAAACUAAAAGAAUCGGCGAGGAUCAUGAAGAAUUUUGGUAUUGAUUUGCUGUCUCCAUCGAACAGUAGCGCAAACACUUUGGACAAAUGGGAGGUACCAAAAGAAAACGUUGUCAUCAAUCGAAAAUUAGGUGAUGGAGCAUUUGGCACAGUUUACGGUGGCGAAGCUCUAAUUCCCGCUGAAGGUUGGACUGCAGUGGCUGUUAAGACGCUCAAAACAGGAGCGUCUACUGAGGAUCGACUGGACUUUUUAUCCGAAGCUCAGGCGAUGAAGCUCUUCAAUCAUAAAAACAUUGUAAAACUAUUGGGAGUUUGCCUUCAAUCGGAGCCAAUCUAUACUAUUAUGGAAUUCAUGCUUUAUGGAGAUCUGAAGACUUAUCUUUUGGCUCGCCGUCACUUGGUCAAUGAACAAAUUAGCGACGACUCCGACAUUUCAUCGAAGCGUCUUACUAGGUACGCCUUAGAUGUGGCAAAAGGUCUAGCUUAUUUGGCACAACAGAAAUACGUUCACCGCGACAUUGCCUGUCGCAAUUGUCUGGUUAGCGCCCAGAGAACUGUUAAAAUAGGAGAUUUUGGCAUGGCACGACCAACAUAUGAGAGCGAUUACUACCGGUUUAAUCGAAAGGGAAUGUUGCCUGUUCGCUGGAUGGCACCAGAAGCUUUAGCCCUCGGCAUGUUCACCCCUGCGUCCGAUGUUUGGGCUUUCGGGGUUGUACUUUUCGAAAUCAUUACAUUCGCUUCAGUUCCUUAUCAGGGACUGACAAAUAAUCAGGUUCUGGAAUAUGUCAAAAAUGGCAAUACACUACAAGUGCCGGUCGGCAUAAAACCUCAGUUAGAAGCUCUGAUAAAUGCAUGUUGGAAUCGGGACCCCAAGAAAAGGCCAACUGCGUCUGACAUUAUAGAAUACAUAUCGAAAUAUCCAAGUCUUCUAACUGCAUGUUUGGAUUUCCCUAGUGCCUCAGUUGAAAUGCCCGAGACUGAAUGUGACGAAUUUGAGCUACUAUCGAAUGUUCUUAGAUGUUCGCCGCCAGCUAAUGACUCUGAUUUAGACGUUGUCGCCCAAACCUCGUUAGCUGAUAGAUUCGUAGCUACUAACAACGAGAGAAAUGCCUCCCAGCCGAUAAACAUCGGCAUGGACCAAAUCAACCAGGCAGCGACUUCCGAGCAGUAUGCUUCGCUAACACCAACGACGCCAGAUGGCUACAGUAUUAUGUCACCACUUCUCAAUCAAUCAACCAAAACGGUUAUUCAAGAAAUUCAAUUUUAA